AUGGAUGUUCCGAAUCAGUCCCAUACAUUACUUCAACUAAUCGACGAAGUGAACACACAGACAAGUUGUGAUCAACAUCCCAUUGUUGUUCAUUGCACUGCUGGAGUCGGUCGUACUGGUACUUACAUUGCCAUCGACGCUAUGAUCGAUAAAAUCAAACAAGAAGGCAAAAUUGAUAUCUAUAAUUUUGCUGUACAAAUGCGUCGUGAACGUCAUUUGAUGGUACAAACAGUGAAACAAUAUGUGUUUAUCUAUCGCUCGUUACUUGAAUACUAUUUGUAUGACAACACAAGAAUCGAAGCCAAUCGGUUUCGAUUGGUAUAUUCACGAUUAAGUAAGAAUAAACAAGCUUUACUGACAUCAGAAUAUAAUAAACUAUCGUUAUUACCGCUUGAAAAUGUUUCCCAUCAGGAUGCUCAUGCAACUGAAAACAUCGAAAAGAAUCGAUCUGCUCAAAUCGUGCCCUAUGAUCACAAUCGUGUUUGUUUAAGCCGUAUAUUAGGUCAUCCAUAUAUCAAUGCGUCUUUUAUUGAAGGAUAUUCGCGUGAAUAUGCGUUUAUUAUAACGCAAGAUCCAUUGGAAGGUACGAUUCACGAAUUUUGGAGAAUGUUUAUUGAAUAUGACUGUGACUGUAUUGUACAAUUGCAUACUAUCGAGCAAUCUUCUCCGAAAUGUGCUGAUUAUUAUCCGGAUGAUGACAUCAAUUCUACAAUGAAAAUCGGUUCGACCAGUUUAUUAAAAUUGAUCGACAAAGAGAUUGUGCAAGAAAAAUUCAUUAGUCGUCGAUUCUGUUUGAUUGACACACGUGAAACUCUGUCAAAAACAAUUUUUCACUAUGAAUAUCUCUCUCCAUUGACUACCAACGAUCUAUGCGCAGAUGGACAAUGCAUACCAACGGGAUUGACCCACCAUUUCUUUGAUUUCAUUGGGCAGAUCAACAAACGGUCGAAUACAACGAAUCGAGCUCGAUAUAUCGCCGUGCAUUGUGGAUAUGGUGGGUCAACUGGUGCACUAUUCUGUAUGAGCAUUAAUCUGUUAGCUCAACUGAAAAAUGAACAUGCCGUCGAUAUUUUUCAAGGCGUUCGCGCUCUACAACGACAAAGACCAGCUAUGAUCACUUCUCUUGUACAAUAUGCAUUUCUCUAUGAAACUAUCCGUAAAUUCUUGGAAGACUCAUUUGAUAUAACAUCGACUAGAUUAUCUUCCUCAUUAAAUAACAGUAUCUACGAUAACGAAGAAGAUAUUCUUCAAAAUAUUUUAUGA